CAAAUUCCAUGUUUCUGUAUUUUUUGUUUUGAUAAAAAAGGAUCAGGACGAGGCGAAAGACAGCAUUUGAGGGUGUUGGAGCUCAUUUUCAGGCUGCAGCUGUUCACUUCGUUGAAAUCCAGUUAUUUUAGGGUCGAGGAUGUUACCCUCUGGUGUUUUCUUCCUCCUGAUUUUAGGUUCAAUGGUGGACACCAAAACCUUGUCUGAAAAAGGAUCCCUGCUCUAUCCCUAUGGACCACACCAGGGGGAUGCAACCAACCCCAAACAUGAUGAUGGGACAUCCGAGGCGAUCAUUCUCUCUGUUCCCUUCACCUUCUAUGGCAAAACCUACAAAACUGCAUUUGUGAACAACAAUGGGGUGAUCUCCUUCAACGAGCCUGUCAGACAAUACACCCCUGACCCCUUCCCUCUGGCGGAUGGGAGCCCUUUUGUGACUCCGUACUGGGCGGAUGUGGACAACGUGCUCGGUGGGGACAUCUUCUACCGCCAGACCACUGACCCAGCCCUGCUGAAGGACAUCAGCCAGGACAUCACCCAGUACUUCCCCCAAAGCCCCUUCACAGCCACCUGGGCCUUGGUGGCCACCUGGGACCAUGUGGCCUACUAUGGCUCCACCUCUGAAAAGGGCAACACCUUCCAGGCUGUGCUGACCACAGACUCCAAGAUGUUCUACAUCAUCUUCAACUACGGGGACAUCCAGUGGACCACAGGAGCAGCAAGUGAUGGGGAUGCUGAAACAGGACUUGGGGGCAUCCCAGCACAUGCAGGAUUCAAUAGCGGUGAUGACACCAACUUCUACAACAUUCCUGGAUCCCAAACUGAUGCCAUCAUCAACAUCACCACCACCUCCAACGUCAAGGUUCCGGGACGCUGGGUUUUUCGGGUGGAUGACUUCCAGGUGACAGGUGUGGAUCCUCCCCAGCCAAGCAACAACUGCUGGUUGUGAAUUGAGGGGAGUGGGGCAGAGGGACAUCACCACUGCCACUGUUGUCACCAAUGAAGUCACUGUGCAGGUCAAGAUCAUGCCAGCCUCUA